AUGACCGAGGCCAAAAAUGAAAUAAUGAAGCACAGAAAAUGCGGUCCCUGGUGGAAGCCUGCACUUUACUACUGUUGUCCCGAACCGGGAAAUAAGCUACCAAAUAACCGGACAUGCGGUAAAAGCCCAGCCGUUUACCGAAUUAAGGGUGGUAGAAACGUGGGACUUAAUGAGCUGCCCUGGAUGGCCCUGCUUUUGUAUCGGAACCGCAAAAGUUGGCAAGCGCCACUUGUGGGGGCUUGUGGGGGCUCCCUGAUCACCAACCGAUACGUCCUGACCGCAGCCCACUGUGUGGUUAAAGGACCUAAACUGCCGCAGGACUUAGAGAUCCAAAGAGUGCGCUUGGGCGAGCAUGACACCUCCGUCAAUCCCGACUGCCAGUACCUAUACCCUGGGAGUGGAAAGAGGCACUGCGCUCCUCGUCAUCUGGAAAUCGACGUUGAGAAGGUCAUUCCUCACCAGGGCUACUUGGAUAGCGAGGUAUUCCAUUACGACAUCGCCCUGCUGCGACUCGAAAUACCAGUACGCUAUACGCCCGCAAUCAAACCAAUUUGUGUUCUGCAAGAUAGCAUCUCCCUAAUGAACUCCAAAUUCAAAGUAGCCGGCUGGGGAAAAACAGAAAGCGGAUUAUCCAGUACAGUAUUGCUGCAAGCAACCCUUAAGAAACUGGAUGCAGAAAGUUGCAUAAAAGCCUAUCCAUACUUAGAAUUCAAUUCUUCGAUACAAAUAUGUGUUGCUGUGCUGGAUGGAAUAGACACCUGUCACGGUGAUUCUGGCGGACCACUGAUGGCCACCAAGGGACAGAGCUACCAAGAAUUCGAAUUUGUAGCCGGAAUCACAUCCUUUGGAGGUCCAGUGUGCGGAGUGAAGAAAUAUCCCAGUGUUUACACACAAGCUGGAGUAUUUUUUAAAUGGAUAAGGAAUAAUUUAAGGGCUUAA